AUCGGGUCGACCUUAGGAGUAAGAGCGCCGGGUUUCAACCACUCUCCGAUCCGCCCCAGGAAGCCGCGCGACCCCUCCUAAUCCUUCCGUCCCGCGUUCAAAACUUUCGCUCGGGAAUCCAUACGACGACAAGCAACACCCCCUGGAAGCCACACGUACGUAUAUCUUGGCCGCCCCGCAUAAUGCGUUGUUGACUGCACUGUCGCUGUCUCGCGACGUUUUGGCUCGUAUCUAAGCCGUUUAUUAUGAUGAUGCCGCAUACGUCAAAUUAUCGAUCACGAUGUCCACGAACGAAGAACCGGAUCUCUGUUCAGCCACACCGGCUCAUAAGGGGUUGUCGCGAGAACAAAGGCGAUGCCUUCGAUUAUGGAAACGAAGUCUCGUAUUUGAUGUGACGUCAACAUCACCGACGAACGACAAGUCCGCCAAAGUUGUUGGUCUCAUAGACGGUGGAUCGGAAUAUUGCCUGAUAUCGUCGGGCAUCAUAAAGAAAUUGGGAAUCACAAUGUACCCACUCAGCCCGGAGGAUCAGCCGACGCUCGAAGGAUACAAAGGCAAGAGCUUUAAGCCUGCCUGUUGGGCACAAGUUAAACUCAAGCAAUCAGACCUGUCUCUUGAGGCAUGGAUGACUGUUUAUGUGAUUCAGGAUCCUAAGGUCACCCUACUUCUAGGGUCUGUGUUCAACCAUGAAUAUGGUAUUGAAACGACGAUAUCGGAUGCCGUUAACAACACAAUCGAGCCCAGAGAUCGAGAUGAGCAACACAUGGCCAAGAACAUUGUCGCUGCUAUCAUAGACACUCGUUCUCAGAGCCAACAGAAAAAGGAAGAAGACGAAAAGAGGCAAGGAGCAAACAAGGAAACGAUCAAAGUAUACCAGGAGAUCGAAGACAUUAAACGCAACCUGCAGCUAGGAAGCGGAGCGGAGCUCACUAUGAGGAACAAAUCUUUUCUGCGAAACCCCCCAACGUCCUUGUCCGACAGUAGCACCGCAUCACCUAGCACGUCGAGCUGGUCGGCAUCUACGCUGCAAAGUACUGCGAAUACUUCGGUGCCAACGGAGAGCAGAGACGAAAAUAAGAAAUAAAUUUCGAAGAUCCAAUACCCCCCAGAAAAAUACGCGCUAGCACGUAUAAGGAAGCUAGCCCCUUUUUACUUCGCCUCUUUGGUUGCCCCUCCAAU